UCUCCACUCCACACCAAUACCACAAGUGCACCAGUCGCUCAACAUGGCAGACAGAAUGGAGGGCGUAGUAAUGAGCGGCGGAGUGCCCCAAAUCGACGUCUCCAAAUACCCCGUUCCCGUCGAAACAAUAUACGUCAACAACCUCGAAGAGCGCGUCAAGAUCGACACCAUGAAAGAGGCCCUCACACGAGUCUUCCAGUACUACGGCCCCAUUCUCGAUGUAAUCGCCAAGUCCUCGUUGAAGCGUAAAGGUCAGGCAUUCAUCGUGUUCGACAGCGAGAAGAGCGCGCUCGAUGCAGUAGAGGAGAUGAAUGGCUUCGAGCUCUACGGCAAAGUGAUGAAGGUCUCGCGCGCAAAAACCCACAGCGACGAGACGGUGAAGCGGAAAGCGGCUGAGAUGUUCGAAGAGCACAAGAGGAAGCGGUUGAUGCUGAAGGACUUCAAGCGCGCAGAAGAAGACGCCAAAGCUGCAACCCUUCCCCCCACAACAGAACCCACCAAACCCCGGCCCGCCAAAUCCGGCGCCGCCGUCGUCCCCGACGAGUACGUGCGGCCCAACAAGACGCUGUUCCUGCAGAACAUCCCGCGCGACGUCGACGAAGAGGCGCUGUCGGAUAUCUUCGAGCGGUUCGAGGGUUUCAAGGAAGUGCGUCUUGUGUCGGUCAGGGCGGUGGCGUUUGCAGAGUUCGAGAACGAGCAGUUUGCUAUUACGGCCAAGGAGGCGACGAGUGGGACGCUGGUCGGCAAGGAGGGCGUGCCGAUGAAGGUCACGUAUCAAAGGCAGUAGAUGGGG